AUGAUGGCCCCGAUUAUCCUUGCAGCUUUUGGAUUAAAGAUCCUGUCCUGGUAUGAGCCGGCAGUGGAUGUGAGUAAAAUCCCUCGAGACGACAUGGUCCUCAAGCUUCAGGAGAGCGAGAGCACAAAUGACCGAGAAUAUGCAGGCCUUGGGAAGGAUGCACAGGAGGCAUUGUCGAAUCCAGAUCCAGACUUAAGUCUGAGUGACGUCGAGGAGAAGAUCAAUGAAUACCCGCCAAGGGAAAUAACCUCCAAGCAGGAUAGGUCAAUUCCAAUUGCAGAUGACGUCAAGAUAAAGACAGAUAAGGUUGAUGAGCUGACAAAGGCAUUCAACAAGAAGAUCGGCACGACAAAGGUGUCGGGAAUUCAUGACAAGGAGGCAUGGAACAGGCUUUAUGAGUACCUAAGGCUGAACUUCAAGGACUUCCUGAUCGAUGGACAUCUUUCCAUAGAGCUCCACAUCAGAUAUGUUCUGUGCUGCUAUGUUGUUGCAUUCAUUCCAGGACAGUUUGCAUUUCUCUUCCCCGCAUUCUACAAAGUGUUCAUUCCAAAGAGAGCAAUGAAGGUCCCCAUUCUCGGAGACGCCUUAAGAGAGAUAGACAGGUUCCUGACAUUUGUCAGCGACCGUAGCACGAAGACAUUCAUCAUAACAUUCUAUGUAGGACGCCAGAACUCUCUUGUGGAGGACUUGGAGUUCAUAAAGAGGGUUCCUGACCUGAUAUUCAGCGACCCCAUGGCAAUCCUCCGAGAGCUUCUGAAGUUUGAAAUAAGGUCCGAGGGAUACAGCAGUAAGAAGGAGCUAUGA